GGUAACCAUCGUCAGCCUUGCGGGUCUUGUUGGCACCUCGCCACAAUUUGAUCGUUUUUGCAAACAAUCGAAUCUUCUGUUUUCUUCGAUAUUCGAGCUUGAUGGAUGGGUAUGAUAACAGUGAGCGACGAUGAAGAGGAGCUGUCGACGUUCAUCGGGUUGGAUCUGGCUGAUCGUCUUCAGUUCAGCCAUUUCUGGAGUUGACGGAGCCAAUGCAAGGGGUAGCCGCCUUCAGUCUACCCACAACGAUAACGAUGCAGUAGAAGAUGAAGAUGGUUAUUGGUCCUGGAUGGACCUGGAUGCCUUGGAAGAAGAAAAAGUAGGAAGCAGCAAAGACAGGGAUUCCAACCUUCUACCAAAGAAACUCCGCAGCUCGUAUCGACAAAGAGACAUGCUGCAGCGACAAACCAGCAUCACGGUCAUUGAUGAAGAAGAAGAUGAUGAAGCAGAUACAUUUGAAGCGACGGGGUUUGUUUCCGUGACAGGCUCGCCUGAUAUUCCACAACCUUCACAGCAGACACGUUCUCCCAAGCCAAUAAGUGGAAUCACUGUACGGAUACCCACAGCGCUUCCGACACGGUCGCCAAAACCCACACCGGCGCCCACACCGGUGGGCCAACAACCGGUGGUCCAACAACAAUCCACCAACGAGCAACAGUCGUCAUCACAAACGUGUGAUGCCAACGGGUUCUCCAGAUUUCCAUUUCAAGGCAGAGACAGCUCGGAACGGCUUUUGCUGAGAGAAGGUGUCAUCGAUGAGUUGCCCACGUCCAGAUGCGGCAACGCCGGUCGUAAAAAUGUCAUUCUCGUCAUUGGCGACGGAAUGGGCUGGGAAAUGGCCCGAGCAGGAGCGAUUGCUCGGCAAGUGAUCAAUGAAUUAGAGACAACGUUUGGAUGCAAUAUUACGUCAGGUUGUCCCACCAAUACUGCCGCCAUGGAUGCCUUUCGAGGGCGUAAUUUGUCGGAUUACUACACAGAAGGCAAGGGAAGGGGCCUAUCCUUUCAGAAUCUUCCGGGAUAUGCCCUGGUGACUACCACUGCUACUCUGGCCCAGAGGCCAAACAAGGGGAACAACAGCGCGCCUCCCUACGGGAUGCUCGAGGGAUCCCUGGCGAAGCAUGAUAGUGGCAUGGCUCCAUUGGCAUUGACCGAAUGUGGCUGGCCAAUAGACUUUGAUCCAAAAGAUCACAUAACAGACGGCGGGAACAUGGUGUUAUGGGACGAUGUCAAGGGCGGACAGUAUCCGUGGGAUCCCAGGUACACCCAAGACAAUCCAGAUACAUCGGAUGGUUUUGAUCCUCUGUACAUUAUGCAGCACGCCACGGAUAGUGCUGCCACUGCAACUACUUUGGCGACAGGUCACAAGGUUGCCAACACCAUGGUGUCCGUCGACCUUUACGAAGAACCAAUCAGCACCAUUGUGGAAGAAGCCAUGAAAUGUGGAAUGGCAGGAGGAGUUGUUUCUUCCAAGCCUGUCCUUCACGCAACUCCAGCAGCCUUCAUUGCGCACUCCAACAAUCGACAACAACGCGAUCAACUAAGAAGGAGCUUUCGCGAAGUGAAUCCAAGUUUUGCCAGUGGAGUCUGUGCCAGAGAGUACUAUCCGUAUCCUGAAGAUCUUCAGAGCAUGAGAAAUGGAUCAUUGAGCAGAAGCUGGACUUUGUUUGAGCAAAAACCGUCUGUGUUGGCCGAGAACUUUUAUCAGGGGUUGGAAAACCUAGAUCCCGACAAUGGUGAUCACGUACUGGUGUGCUUGGGAGGAGAUUUUACGCGCAGCAAUAGGGAAGAUCUUCCGAAACGUGGAGUUGACAGCAGCUAUUCCAAUCGAUGGUGUGGAACAGGUGACAUUCAGACGCCCGGCCCAAAUGCAACAAAUCCCGAUCUCCCACUAGGCGUCACGCCCCCCAAUGCUCGCCUCUGUGACUUUUACAGCCAAGAGGAAGUCAAACAGAUACCGCAUAUUACCCAAAACGUCAAGGCGGCUCUGGAUUUUCUUGGCCGAGACGAUGAUGGGUUCUUUUUGAUGUACGAACAGGGAGAUAUUGACACCGCCGCGCAUCAGAAUCACAUGGACGAUUUGCUUGGAACAUUGCUAGAUAUUGAUGAUUCCGUUCAGUACAUUCGCAACUGGAUUGCUGCUAAUGGUGGUUACGAAAAGAAUGCACUAUACGUGACAGCCGACCAUGAUCACUAUCUGACGUUGCUGCCACAGUUUCCAGAGUUAUUGGCCUUGCUGCUCAUUACAGGAGCAUCCCACAAUAUCACACCGGAAAACAACAGCAAACAAAAUCCUUGGAACCUUGCCAUUCAAGCAGGACGACACGAGGAGCUAGGCAAGUCUAUUAUUGAACAUCUCCGGGAUUUCACCACGUGGACCGACGAGGACAUCCUCAACGUAGGCCACUUCUGGGGGCCCGUUGGAAGUGGUGGCAAUGGAUGGGGCUCCCAUUCGACACGCCCUGUCCCACUAUAUUAUCAAGGUGACGGUGGUUGCAUCGAACAGCUCUUGGGCAAGGGCUACCAAGUGCUGGGUCGUCAAGUGGAGGGUAUUCCAGGCAAGAUCGAUCAAGCACACAUACAUGCCUGCAUGAUGAAGAAUCUGUUUGCACUGUGAUAGUGGCUGCUACGUUAGAGAAUACUUGCUGUAAAGUUGAUAGAGUAAUGUCAUUGUCACGCUAGACCUGAAAAGAGGAGUUACCUCGGAUUUCCAAAUCAGAUAGCAUUCAUGCGCACUACAGCAAUUCACGAGUUUCAUCACCACUUUCAAACUACCCCUCUACUCUCAUGAACGAAGUCUAGAGAACAAACAGAGAAUACAUGUAGUACACGUGGGUUCAGGCAGGAAGGCCCUUCCCGAGCGGCAAGCAAGAGAAAACCAGGAACGACUUCGAAUCAAUGGAUUUCGUGUAGGCACCAGGUCAGGUGGGCAAUUGCAGCUAGGAAAAAUCAAGCAAUGCCGAAGGUCCAAAUGCAUAGUUUACUACCGGUAUCAUGUGGACUGCUUGCCUGUCUGAAAGGCCAGAAAAGGGAUCUUCAAUAGUUGGAAUGUCCAAGUUCAUAGUUUUUCAAACAAUGUCAAGGUUCUAGAUCUUGAAUAGUUGGACUGUCUACGUUUAUAAUUUUCAAACAAUGUCAAGUUCCUCCAGAGUACAUGUAGCAGGGCAUCUUUCCAUGUGUUCAUUUUUGAGGCAUCCUUUUUUCUCGAAGCCACAAGUUAGCAACAGGUGUACCGGUACUACUGCCGGCGCCAGGUGAUCCCAAUGCUAGCACUGCGGCAGUUUUUGGCUAGCUGACUGAUUCAGACCUUAAAAUGUGUUCAGAGCUUCUGGGGCGCGAAUCAGACGACUCCAUUCUGUUUUCAUUUCAGGCCCUGUAACAGUCAACGUUCCAUUGCUGUCGUCAAGGGUGAUUGUCGUAAUCUUUUUCGUUCCAAUCAGAUUUUCUAGGGUUCGGAAUUCUGGUGGAGGCAUCAUUCUAGACAUCAUGAAUGGGCCACAAUCCACCUUCAUUGUGGUCUCGUUUUGCUCCAGAAUGCUGGCACCACCACCGAUAUUGUUUGCAAUCUUAAAAUGCAUCUUGAUCUUGCUACCCUCAUUGAUUAGCUCCAAUCGAAGGGGACGAUCAUCUGGUAUCGUCAAAGGGUUCUCACCAUCCCAUGCCUUGUCAAGCUUCCAGUCACCAUAGAACCCAGUGACAUUGGGAGUAGAGAGCUCUGUUGAUGGCAAUGCCUCUGGCACCUCCACAGAGAGAGAAGCUGAACCGCUGACAUGCAGGCAGGGAUAGAAGGUUGUCGUGUUAUUGGACAAGCGAAAGCCAGUACCAAGGCACUCUCCAUUCUUGUAGAAAGUUACUGUCAAGGAUUCUCCGGGUGAGACCCUCACACCAACAGCAUCUCCCACCUCAAACCUGGGCCCCCAGCUAACUUUGAGGGCACCACUUCCAUUGGUCAGAUUUCCAUUGUAGAACAUGCCCUUGGUCUUCCACCCAGGUUUGAAUCCAUCCUUGCUAACAGCACCAAAACUGAGGUUUCCCUUGAGCUUUUGGAUGGUUGCUUGCCAGUAGUAGUCUUGUGACGCCUGCUCAGAAUCGAGGCGAAGAUUGAACGGUGUGCCACCAGACUUGCUGGCGAUCACCAAGUCGUUGCCCGUUUGCGUGAGUGUAUUGCCAUCUGAACCAUCACCCACCCAUGUCAUUUCCUUAUUGUGAAGAGAGUUCAUUGCUGCUGCUGUGUGCUUUCCUAUGUAAACCGGGAAAGUUACUAUGCUUUCCUAUGUGGAUUGUCUUCUGCGGCUGUUGGUUUUUGUAAACUCUCAGGCUACGAUUGAAGAUACGGU